UGUGCAUCUGCCUUUUUCAUUGAGUCAGUCUGCAGCUCAAGAGUCUUUUCGCGUCGUCUUCUUCUUUGACCCCGUUUACCGUCAACACCAUCAACAACCAGCAACAUGUCUGAGGGCAAGCAGCACGUUUCCAUUGUCAUCUGCGGCCACGUCGAUGCCGGCAAGUCGACCACGACCGGCCGUCUCAUCUUCGAGCUCGGCGGCAUCCCCGAGCGUGAGAUGGAGAAGCUCAAGGCCGAGGCCGACGCUCUCGGCAAGGGCUCCUUCGCCUUUGCCUUCUACAUGGACCGCCAGAAGGAGGAGCGCGAGCGUGGUGUGACCAUUGCCUGCACCACCAAGGAGUUCUUCACGGAGUCCAAGCACUACACCGUCAUUGACGCCCCUGGCCAUCGUGACUUCAUCAAGAACAUGAUCACCGGUGCCUCCCAGGCCGAUGUCGCCCUCCUCAUGGUUCCCUCCGACGGUAACUUCACCGCCGCCAUUGCCAAGGGCAACCACAAGGCCGGUGUCGUCCAGGGCCAGACCCGCCAGCACGCCGUCCUCAUCAACCUUCUCGGCGUCAAGCAGCUCAUUGUUGGCGUCAACAAGAUGGACUGCGACGUUGCCAAGUACUCCAAGGAGCGCUACGAGGAGAUCCGCGACGAGAUGCGCCACAUGCUCAUCAAGUCUGGCUGGAAGAAGGCCUUUGUCAUGGAGUCUGUCCCCGUGCUCCCCAUCUCCGGCUGGAUGGGCGACAACCUCAUCACCAAGUCCAAGAACAUGGACUGGUGGAAGGGCGUCGACGUCAAGGUUGAGGGCGAGACCCUCCACCUCGAGACGCUCAAGGAGGCUCUUGAGAAGAUGGUCCGCGUCCCCCAGCGCGCCACGGACAAGCCCAUGCGCACCCCCAUCUCCGGUGUCUUCAAGAUCAAGGGUGUCGGUGAUGUCCUCACCGGCCGCGUCGAGCAGGGUACCGUCAAGCCCGGCGACGAGGUUGUCUUCCUCCCCACCCACACUGAGGCCAACCCCUGCACUGGCAAGAUCUUCACCGUCGAGAUGCACCACAAGUCUGUCGAGGCUGCCGCCACUGGCGACAACGUUGGCCUCAACGUCAAGGGUCUGGACAAGAAGAACAUGCCCCGCGUCGGUGAUGUCAUGAUCCUCAAGUCUGACAACUCCCUCGGCAAGUGCAAGAGCUUCCACGCCCAGGUCCAGGUCAUGAACCACCCUGGUGAGCUCAAGGCCGGCUACUGCCCCAUCGCCUUUGUCCGCACAUCCCGCUCUGCCGUCCGCAUGGCCGAGAUUUGCUGGAAGAUUGGCAAGGAGACCGGUGGCUCCAAGGCCGAGAACCCCGCCAACCUCAAGGCCAACGAGGUCGCCGAGGUCAAGUUCGAGCCCCAGCAGCCUUUCGUCGUCGACACCUUCAAGUCCUGCGAGGGUCUUGGCCGCAUUGCCAUCAUGGAGGGUAACACUGUCGUCAUGCUCGGCAAGGUCACCAAGAUGGAGCGCGCAUGAGAGCUCCCCCCAGCAUUAUCACGUCUACUGUGUGUAUGUUGUCGCUCUCUGUUUGACCUCUCUCUUGUCUACUAUGUUGCCUCUCUCUCUUUCUUGAUUGCACCCCUUUCCUCGCUACGACUACUACGACUUCCGCUACCUUGACUUUGUUGGCUUGUUGCCACCUUUUGGUCUUGCGUUUCGUCUGCUCGUCACUCUUGUCUCUUUUUGACGACUUGUGUGUGAUGACGGCGUGAGGCUGUGACUGACUGACUCUCAACAACUUCCAAUAAAAACCCCUACAUCGCA